GAAGGUCUGGAAUUCGGAAACCAGAACCGCGUGAUAUGGGAACGUCCCAAAGGGGUUUAGUGCCAAGUGCGACCCUCCUGCUUCCGUCAUCGGUCUCCUCAUCCCCAGGUCCCCCAUCUGCUCUUAUCUCUCUCCUCUCCAUCUCACUCUCUUGUUUACCAUCACUUCCACUUACACUAUUGAUAUUGAAUUAUGAAGUCGUCACUCACCCUCCUGACAGCUUCGCUGUUGGGCAGUGCUGCCGCUGAGGUUCACAAGCUCAAGCUCAACAAGGUCCCUCUGGAUGAGACACUGAGCCCUCAAAACUUCGGUGCUCAUAUGGCCGGCCUGGGCCAGAAGUACAUGGGCCAGGAGCACCAUGACCGGUUCCGCGACACGUCGAUGAAGCCUACCGCCGGCCACGAUGUGCUGGUUGACAACUUCCUGAACGCUCAGUACUUCUCCGAGAUCCAGAUCGGUACCCCUCCCCAGAGCUUCAAGGUCGUCCUGGACACUGGUAGCUCCAACCUCUGGGUCCCCUCCGAGCAGUGCAGCUCUAUCGCUUGCUACCUGCACACCAAGUACGACUCGUCUGCUUCGAGCACUUACGAGAAGAACGGUACUGAGUUCGAGAUCCGCUAUGGAUCUGGUAGCCUGAGCGGCUUCGUGUCUAAGGACACACUCCAGAUCGGUGACCUGAAGGUCAAGGGUCAGGACUUUGCUGAGGCUACUAGUGAGCCUGGCCUGGCAUUCGCCUUCGGUCGCUUCGAUGGUAUUCUCGGCCUUGGCUACGACACCAUCUCUGUCAACAAGAUGGUUCCUCCCUUCUACAACAUGCUGAACCAGAAGCUCCUGGAUGAGCCCGUAUUUGCUUUCUACCUGGGCGAUGCCAACAAGGAGGGUGACAACUCCGAGGCCACUUUCGGUGGUGUUGAUAAGAGCCACUACACUGGCGAGAUGAUCAAGAUCCCUCUCCGCCGCAAGGCCUACUGGGAAGUUGAGCUCAACGCCAUUGCUCUUGGCGACAACGUUGCUGAGCUUGAGGAUACCGGUGUCAUUCUGGACACUGGUACCUCUCUCAUUGCUCUGCCUUCAACCAUGGCCGAGCUUCUCAACAAGGAGAUCGGUGCUACCAAGGGGUUCACUGGUCAGUACACCGUGGAGUGCGACAAGCGUGACUCUCUUCCCGACCUCACCUUCACCCUGGCCGGCCACGAGUUCACCAUUGGCCCCUAUGACUACAUCCUGGAGGUCCAGGGCUCUUGCAUCAGUAGCUUCAUGGGCAUGGACUUCCCCGAGCCUGUGGGUCCCCUGGCUAUCCUUGGUGAUUCUUUCCUGCGUCGCUGGUACAGUGUCUACGACCUCGGCAACAGCGCUGUCGGUCUGGCCAAGGCCAAAUAAGUGCGCCAAGGCUUAAUGGCCCCCAUGAGUUGUGAAUAUCAAAGAUCCGUGUGACUAAAUGUUUGCUUCAUAUAUAUCUGCGGCCUAGCUGGGUUGACCCCAUAGCCCUUGUAGCGCACUUGAUCAUUUGCAAUUGCUGCGACUACGUUGACUAAACUCCUCUUUUGUCUUUGCUGUCACAGUCUAUCAUGAGGCAUUUGGUUUAUUGGUACUGCGAAUUGAUCUCUUUACGCGUUAGUAUUUACCCAUUGCAAUUAGUUCAUUUACUGAACCCGC